UGGAGGGCCCGGGCGCCAUGUUGGGGCCCAGGGGACAGCGGAGAGACGCUUGAAGCGGCGGGAGCGGAGCGGGAGCGGGUCAGACCCGGGCUGGUAGGAGCCCCGCCCCUCCCGCCUCAGCGGAUCAUGACCCGGGCAGCGGCCACGGAGGUCGCGGUGGCGGGGAACGUGGCGUGGCCGGGCCAGCGCUAGAGAGGAUGCCGUUUCCGGCGACAACCCCGGGAUCACAGCCGACCCCGCCGCCACCCAGGCUCUAUGGCAUCUCCUCCCCCAUCAGCUUAGCCGCCCCCAAGGAGACAGACUGCGAACUGACCCAGAAAUUAAUUGAAACCCUGAAGCCCUUUGGGGUUUUGGAAGAGGAAGAGGAACUGCAGCGCAGGAUUUUAAUUUUGGAAAAAUUAAAUAAUCUGGUAAAGGAAUGGAUACGAGAGAUCAGUGAAAGCAAAAGUCUCCCACCCGCUGUGAUUGAGAACGUCGGCGGCAAAAUCUUCACGUUCGGCUCCUACCGGCUAGGGGUGCACACCAAGGGCGCCGACAUCGACGCGCUGUGCGUGGCGCCGCGGCACGUGGACCGCAGCGACUUCUUCACUUCCUUCUACGACAAGUUGAAACUCCACGAGGAAGUCAAGGACUUACGGGCGGUGGAGGAGGCGUUUGUCCCCGUUAUCCGACUGUGUUUUGAUGGGAUAGAGAUUGAUAUUUUGUUUGCAAGAUUAGCACUGCAGACUAUUCCAGAAGACUUGGACCUAAGAGAUGACAGUCUGCUUAAAAAUUUAGAUAUUAGAUGCAUAAGAAGCCUUAAUGGUUGCCGGGUCACCGAUGAAAUCUUACAUCUAGUACCGAACAUUGACAACUUCCGGUUAACCCUCAGAGCUAUCAAGCUGUGGGCCAAAUGCCACAACAUCUACUCCAACAUUCUAGGGUUCCUGGGAGGCGUCUCCUGGGCCAUGCUUGUAGCAAGAACCUGCCAGCUGUAUCCAAACGCAGUGGCAUCCACGCUUGUACGUAAAUUUUUCUUAGUGUUUUCUGAAUGGGAGUGGCCAAACCCAGUGCUACUGAAAGAGCCUGAAGAGCAAAACCUUAAUCUGCCUGUAUGGGACCCAAGAGUAAACCCCAGCGACAGGUACCACCUGAUGCCUAUAAUCACACCGGCGUACCCACAGCAGAACUCCACCUACAACGUGUCUGUGUCCACAAGGAUGGUCAUGAUCGAGGAGUUUAAACAAGGUCUUGCUAUCACACAUGAGAUCUUGCUGAGUAAGGCAGAGUGGUCCAAACUGUUUGAAGCUCCAAGCUUCUUUCAAAAGUAUAAGCAUUAUAUUGUACUUCUAGCAAGUGCACCAACAGAAAAGCAGCGUCUAGAAUGGGUGGGCUUGGUGGAAUCAAAGAUCCGAAUCCUGGUGGGCAGCUUGGAGAAGAAUGAAUUUAUUACACUGGCUCAUGUGAAUCCUCAGUCAUUUCCAGCACCCAAAGGAAAUCCUGACAAGGAAGAAUUUUGCACAAUGUGGGUGAUUGGGUUAGUAUUAAAAAAGCCAGAAAAUUCUGAAGUUCUCAGUAUCGAUCUCACCUAUGAUAUCCAGUCUUUCACAGACACAGUUUAUAGGCAAGCAAUAAAUAGUAAGAUGUUUGAGAUGGAUAUGAAAAUCGAUGCAAUGCAUUUAAGAAGAAAGGAGCUCCACCAGCUACUACCUAAUCACGUGCUUCAGAAAAAUAAAACACAGUCAGUGGAAGAUGUCAGAUUGACAGCUUUGAAUGACAGCAGUCUUGACUCGUCUGCUGACAGUGAAAACAGCGUGUCUGUGCCUUCACCUGCAAGCACUGUGAAGACUGGCCCAGUGACUGGCUCCUCUCAGGGCAGAAACAGUCCUGCUCUGGCUGUAAUGGCAGCAUCUGCGACCAGCGUACAGGUUACUGAAGUCACCUUGCAGCAAGGGAACCCCAGUGAGAGCCCGGGGGGUGCAAGCGAAAGCGUUCCUCAGACUGCCUCACAAGCAGCCAUUUCUCCACCUCCAAAGCCCACGAUCACUAGACUUGUUUCUUCAACACUUCUGGUAAACCAUGCCCCCAGGCCUGCAGGGGCCGCAGCCACAAACAUAGCUAACCCUAUAGUAGGCGUCUAGAGGACUGUCUCACCUCACACAGACGGGGGACCGAGGAAGCUACGGUAGAAGAGGAGCGAUCUUGUGAAGAGACAGCACAACUCCAUGAGGAGUAUGCAAACAGUAGCUUCUCUGUUGGCCGCAGGAAACGUCCAUAGAAACCUUUCCAAUGUCCCCGCUCUCCCUGCAAAUCCUAUUCCUGUUAACAAGACUUCAAUAAAACAGAUUGAACUGAUAAACACACCAUCAAGCUUCCAUAAAUAAUAUCUGCCAACUCGAUCUGUUGUCUUCAAAUGCUAAAGGAGGAGAAUGAAGGGUGCCAAACUAGAUCAGACUCCAAAGAGAUUUAGGCUGACUUGGUAACUCCCUUUGCUGGGCUAAUCUUGGUCAGAAGUCCAGGUUAGUACAUGAAGCUAGAAGUGCUGCUAUUAUUGUGUAGAUUAUUAAUGUCUCAGCAACAGUUAUGUUAACUAUGUCAAAGGACUACUUCCCUUAAAGAGAAAAUGGGAGAAAAAACCUCCAGCUAUCUUUGUACCCGUGACUGACAUCUGGACUGCAUUUAUGUUUGAUGCAUUGUUGAGGGGAAUUUGCCAUACAAAUUGGUAUCAGAUAUCCUUAUAUUGAUGAUGCACUUUAUGUGUAUGAUUAGAAAUGAGCACUAAUUUCAGAGGUUUCAGCUUGAUGAAUUUUAGUUUUUUCCUGAAGCAUUUUCAUUGUUAAGCUCCAAACUGGAUAUCGCUGUGCAGUGCACUGUACUUCAGACAAAGCAGGAAAGUUAAUCUAGCGAAGUUCCUGGGAGGUAGCUGUAGCCCUUGACAGUGAAAUGGUAGCUCUCACGGUAUAUAUUUGACAUCAAAACAGUAGUUAGUAAUUCUUUGGUUUUGAUGGGACAUGGUCAAGAAGUGACUGUUUUUUUCUGUAGGAUUGUUUUAUAACGCACACAAUCAGCGAUCAAACAGCAAACAAAGUCUUGGAGCUGACAGCUCCAUGUUCUGUUGUCCUUAAUCAUCUUUCUUACAACAAGAUAGCCUUGUGUCUCCCCACUGCUUUGCUUGUAUGCACACGGUAUGCUUGUAUGUUGUUUAACAAAAAACCCAGAAUGCUAGUAUUUUCUUAACCAUGAUAUGAAAUCAAGUCUUGUGGCCACAUGGCACAAAACAUGAAAUUUUGGUUCCAGGGCUAAUAUUUUAGUAAAACUUGACUGAAAGUAAUGCCCGUGAAACAUUAGUCUCAGAUGGCCACUUGAUCUCUACACAUGAGAAAUUUUGUGAACUUCACAGGAUACCUAUUUAUGGGGCAUUCAUGUCCAAUUUAAACAGGUAAGCAGAAAGAUCUUUUCUCUAAGAAUUUUAUGCCAAUUUUUGUUUACUAAAAUCCAUCAGUAAAUUUUACAUCUAAAAAAUAAUAAUUUCUAGCAAGGACUUGACAUAUAGUUGGCUUUCCACUCUUUUGUUUUAUCCUACAAACUAUUAGGAACACUUUUCUUUUAAAGAAAACACCACUCAUGAUUAUGCAGAACAUCCAUGUUCAGGAAACGUGAAUGACAACAGAUAUAGAUGAAUGACAGCUGUCGUAACCUGGACACAGCACCCUGCCAGGUUCUCCAUUCGUCCAGUUCUGUCUCCUCCCCUCUCAUCUGCGUGCCUCUACCACCUGUGCAGUUUCCACAUUAAACUGCAGUUCCUUAAACCCUUUCUCUAUCCUUCUGGGUUAAUUUUUCCACAGUUGAACUACAAUUUCCUUCCUUUUGUCUGUGCAGUAAUUGAGCCCUUCUUUUCAGCACACAGUGGGCCAUUUCACGGCUUAGCCUGUGCAGUCACCAGCGUCCUGCUGCCGUCAUGAGUCACGCGUGCCCCGUGCCCAGUGUUUGCAGUAGCUGUGGCAUUGGGUGGAAAUCGCCAGACACGCAUUUAGUCCUGUCUUUGUGUUUACACAUUGUUUUACUAAGCCGGGGACUUUUAAAUUCUAGUUUCAUUACCUGAAUAUCAGACUAUUUUUCUCAUAUGUAUGUAGUGUCUCAUGACUGGAGUUUGCUUUGUCCUAUCGCACCUGUACUUGUAUUGUUUCAAGUGCUAUUUUGAAAACAGAUGAUGUAUUUCUCCACUGAAAACACAAUAAAAAUAAACAGCAAAGAAGUUAGUAAAGGGGUCUAAACCUGGCAUUACCAGUGCGGAUGUUCUUACAUUGCUCGGAGCAGGGUGAAGCCGCUGAGGAGCGUUCUGACUAUGAACUCUAGAAUUCAUGUGAUACUAUUAGGGGAAUUAUGAAAAGGCCAAAACUUCAAAUCCGUAAAGGUAAAAAUUGGAGUUUAAAAGUCUUAAUCCAAAAGAAGGCAGGAAAGAAAGGGGGGGGCACAUAAAAAAUAAUAUAAAAAGAAUACAAUCUUAGGUGGUGGAAAUGAAACCAAAUAUCUGUCACUGUGUAUAAUAAAUGGAGCAAACUUCCUGACUAAAAGAGAUGGUCAGAUUCCAUGGAAAAACAAAGCCAGCUGCGUGCUGUUUUUCUUUCUUUUUAUUUUAUUUUAUUAUUUUUUUCUUUUUUUAUAUAUGAGAGACACACACCCAAAAUGUAAGACAUAAGAGAAUGGAAAGAAGAAAUACUGAUGAAAAGAAGCUGUUAUGUAACAAUAUCAUCCAAACAGAUUUCAAAGCAAAAAAAAUGACUAGGGACAAAAGGACCAGUGCAUGAAUGACAGAAGAAAACACGCCGGGAAAUGAGUGAGUGAACACCGGCCUGCACUCGUCAGCCUCAACAUAAGGUAACAAAGAUAAACAAACUGUCAGCGCCACAGAGGGUUUCUAAACAACGCUUUCAUUAAUGGCAUCAAGACGACAAGAAGGGAACCGGUUUGGAGCCGACUGGCAAACCUUUUCUGUAGCGCUCGGCCGGAGCGUGAGUACUUUGUGCUUUGUGCAGCCCCUCGGUCUCUGUCCCAACCACUCGCCUGCCUCUGGGGUGAAGGCGGCCCUGGACAGUGUGCAGACAGGCGGCCAGGCUGGGUUUCUCCCUGCUCCUGGCUGGGGUUUGUCACCCCUUACCUAGUGGACAUUUAUGGUAGCGCCCGCCACCCAGCAUUUGGAGUGCGUAUUAUUCUCAAACUAGGGGUCCAGUGCAUGAAUUCAUGCACCUUGGAACUGUGGGCUGUGAGGCUGCGGUGGGCAUAGGGGCAGGCCUCAGCCCAUCCUCUGUGCCCCUGUCUGGCCCCUCCGGCUGCGGUCC